UAUCACACGACAUGCUCAAGUCAGCAACUGACCGUAUGAAAAGCUGGGUGAUGGUCUCACCUCAGUCGAGCGAACCCUUCGUCAAGCUCCCCAAUGAACGAAUCCUCUACCGUUCCCCCAUCCGCACCUCUCUCACCCUCUCCUCCCCGCCAAACACACACUCCGCAACAGCACCCUGGUCCGUCUCCAGCGACGGCGGCGUCGCAUACAUCACCAACCAACGGAUAGUCUACAUCCCCACCACCCCCUCCCCCACCCUAACCUCCUUCUCCUCCCCCAUCCUCAACCUCCACGACACCUACGUCCGCGCCCCCUUCUUCGGCGCAAACUACUGGACCGCCUCCGUCCGCCCCGUCGCGGGAGGCGGCAUCCCCCCCUCCCUCGCCCUCAUCGACCUGCGCAUGACCUUCCGCGAGGGCGGCGCCUUCGACUACCACAACGUCUUUGAGCUCAUCAAGGAGCGGUUGCAUCAGGCUGUGCAGGCGGCAAGGGAUGCGGGGAGGAGUGUGGGAGGAGCCGGGGGGGGGAUGGAUCCGGGCGUGCUGCAGGGGUUGCAUCUUGAGCAGCUGCCGGCUUAUGAACCUGCUGCUGCUACGGCGGUAGCUCCGGGGACAGAGGCGGCAGCGGCGGAUGAAGUGAGGAGAGCGUCAGUGGUUGAUGGACAGACGACGGCGGAACCAGAAAGCGCGGCUGCGCAACAGCCGGAUGAGCCGCCGCCGGGGUAUGAGGAGGCGCAGGCGCAGGCGGUGGGGAUUGAUCUCGAUCAGCGGCUGAGGCGGCGCGCGGAGUUUGGAAGGGAUAGUGGGGAUGAGUAGGGGUGGUGGGGUGGGGUGGGAUUGUUUACUUGAUGAGAAUGGAGUGAAAGGGAUGGAGAUGGAGGACUUGGCUUGGCUUUGUGGUGCCGGUCUGGGAGAAUGCACAGAUGGAAUGUGAGAGGAGGUGUCUAAGCAUCUGCCCUCCUGCUCCUGCGAUGAGAAGUUGUACAUGGUAAUGUUACCAUGUGUACCUUCUACAAAACCACGAGAUGGGCUGCCCAAGAGGGAACAAAAAGGAGCAAUUUUUAUAGAAACCUGAGCGAGCCGCCGCCAACUUUUUACCCACUUUCACGUUGGAGAAGGAGAGCCGGCUUUACGGCGAAGUAGAUAGAUUCGGAUUAUUAGGUGGCAUAGCGUAGCAUUACGAAAGAUACCCGUCAUUAAUAACAAACAUGCGAUCUAACUUUCCCAUCACCGUUCUAUUAAGGGCAAGAGAUCUAUAUACCUAGCAGCUAUACUAUAUAGACAAUAGCGGUGGCGGUAGUCUAGCAACGAC